AUGCUGGUAGGCUGCACAGGGGAGUGGGGCUGGCCCUUACCCUGCUGCAUGGCCUCAAAGUCCAGAAUUAAGGAACUGAAAAUGGGCACCACUCAAAUCAAUACGUCAAGUGCCCCACUCGUUAACGGUAUCAUCAGCGCUGACCUCAAGACACACAGACCCCGGGUGAUGUCCAAAAGUGGUCACAGCAAUGUGAGGAUUGACAAAGUAGAUGGUAUAUACCUGCUUUACCUUCAAGAUUUGUGGACAACGGUUAUAGACAUGAAAUGGAGAUACAAACUUACCCUGUUUGCUGCUACUUUUGUGAUGACCUGGUUCCUCUUUGGAGUUAUCUAUUAUGCCAUUGCAUUUCUUCAUGGAGAUUUAGAAAGGGAUCAUUUCCCCCCCAAACAUAUGCCUUGUGUCAAGGAAGUAAAUUCACUAACUGGGGCAUUUCUCUUUUCUUUGGAGUCCCAGACAACUAUUGGUUAUGGCUUUCGUUUCAUCACAGAGGAGUGCCCUCAUGCCAUAUUCCUCCUGGUUGCUCAGCUGGUCAUCACAACCUUGAUUGAAAUCUUUAUCACUGGUACCUUCUUGGCCAAAAUUGCAAGACCCAAAAAACGGGCUGAGACUAUUAAGUUCAGUCAUUGUGCUGUAAUUACCAAACACAACGGAGAGCUUUGCCUUGUGAUCAGAGUGGCAAAUAUGAGGAAGAGUCUUCUGAUUCAGUGUCAGCUGUCUGGGAAACUUCUUCAAACCUAUGAAACCAAAGAAGGGGAGAGGAUCCUGCUCAACCAAGCCAGUGUCAAAUUCCAUGUUGACUCCUCUUCAGAAAGUCCUUUUCUGAUUUUACCUUUAACCUUUUACCAUUUAUUGGAUGACAGUAGCCCUUUAAGAGAUCUCACACCCCAAAACCUAAAAGAAAAGGAUUUUGAACUGGUUGUCCUCUUGAAUGCCACAGUAGAAUCCACUAGUGCCGUCUGCCAAAGCAGAACUUCUUAUAUACCAGAGGAGAUCCACUGGGGUUAUGAGUUUGUGCCUGUGGUUUCUCUCUCUCGAAAUGGAAAAUAUGUUGCUGAUUUUAGUCAGUUUGAGCAAAUCAGAAGAAGUGUAGACUCUACUUUUUAUAGCAUGGACUCUGAAAAACAGAAACUAGAAGAGAGAUACAGACAGGAAGAUGAAAGAGAGAGAGGACUGAGAACAAUAUUGUUACAGCAAAGCAAUGUGUGA